UUCGUCUGCCUAAGUGCGCGGUUCUGGAACGCGUAUCGCUGAUCGUCGCUCGUCGCUCGUCGCUCGUACUGUUAGUCGUUGUCGACUCCUCUCGUUGUCUGGAAAAUUCCUAGUUGGUGUUUUUUUCCAAGCCCGGGACUCCACUUGGAUCGGUUCGGAUCAGUGCGCGCGCGCGUUCAACCCCCUUUAGUACCGACUGCAAGCUGCCAACCUGUUUGAAAAUUUUUUGGCAUUACCUGCCGCAAUUUUUUGGAAUUGCUGUUUUUCGAUACUACUUAGAGAUUGUGCAACAUUGCGUGCGGCAAGAGCAUACAAACCGUUUGACAAAGUUUCGAAAGUGUAGAAAAAACCCAAAAGUAUCCCAAAAACAAAAACGAAACACGAUAGGAAGAUUCCGAGUGGCAGAUUAACGAAGCCAACAUACAAUACAUUACAUUACAUUACAUUACAUUACAAAUAAUUUGUUUAGCCUUUGUCGAAAUCCAUUCCGUCGGUGGGCGUGGGAUCUCGACGGCAGCGAGCCAGCAAGAAAAUUGUGAUCAACCUGAAAUUAUUUCCCGUUUACGAUGGAUGAUCCCAAAAUAAUGAACAUUAUGAAUGGCAUGAAAACACUGGAAGAUCAUUGUCAGCUCAUAAAUGACGUAAAGGAUGAGUCGCCCAUGCAAAUGUUCUACAAGGACAAGGGCGUAUUCCUCACUGGCGGCACAGGAUUCUUUGGCAAAAUUAUCAUCGAGAAAUUGUUGCGCGUCACGGAGGUGGGACAAAUAUAUUUGCUGAUACGCACCAAAAAGGGCAAGGAUGCAUUCGCACGCAUUGAGGAUCUGUUUAAUGAUCCGGUCUUUGACAAGAUGAAACAGCUGAAUCCCAAGUACCGCUGCCAGAUCACAAUCAUCAGUGGGGAUUGCUCUCUGCCGGGAAUGGGCAUCUCGCCGGAUGAGCGUGAAACCAUUCUGGAGAAUGUGAAUAUUGUGCUCCACAGUGCGGCCACUGUGCGGUUCGAUGAGAAGCUGAAAAUGGCUAUUGCCAUCAAUGUGCAUGGCACCAAGGAGAUCAUUAAGUUGGCCAAAGAGAUUGUCAAUCUGAAGGCCUUUGUCCAUGUCUCCACUGCAUUUGCUCACUGCAACAUGCGCCAUAUCCAGGAGAAGUUCUACAGCGGCACCAUGACCGGCGAGAAUGCCUUCAAGCUGAGCGAAUGCCUGGACGAGCACACUCUGAAUACCCUCACGCCGACCAUCAUCAAGGGCUACCCGAACACGUACACCUUCACCAAAGUUCUGGCCGAGAAUGUGGUGCAGCAAACGGCACAAAAUCUGCCAGUAACGAUCUUUAGACCGGGCAUAGUGAUCACCACAUACCGUGAACCAGUUACUGGCUGGAUCGACAACAUGUAUGGACCCUGUGGCGUCAUUGUGGGCAUUGGUUCCGGCGUGCUGCGCGUCUUCACUGGUGAUAUGGACAACAAGGCGCACAUUGUGCCCGUGGACAUGUGUGUGAAUGCCCUGUUGGCCAGUGCCUGGGAUAUAGCGCGGAACAAAUACGAGACACCGCCCAUUUAUAACUAUGUUCCGGAUGAGGAAAAUAUGGUCAGUUGGAGGCGUUACAUGGAGGAUGGCUUCGAGUAUGGCUGUGAUAUACCGAUGCGCAAGUCCAUAUGGUAUCCGCGCUUCACCAUCGUGCCACACAUGUGGCAAUAUCACAUACUAUGCUUCUUCUACCACACAUUGCCCGCCCUGAUUAUGGACUUCAUUAUGGUGAUCAUUGGCAAGAAACCAAGAAUGAUGAAGAUCUAUCGCAAGAUCCACAAGCUGAGCAAUGUCCUCAAGUACUUCAGUUCAAAUGAGUUUCGCUUUGACAACGAUAAUGUGAGGAGUCUCUCGUCGAAGCUGGAUGACAGGGACAAGCGGCUGUUUGCCUUCGAUAUGCGCGACUUGGACUGGACCAAUCUCUUCCGCGUCAGUCUCUAUGGGCUGCGCCUGUAUGUGGUGAAGGAUGAUCCCAGCAAUAUUCCAGAGUCCAUCAAGCGCUACGAGAGAUUGAAGGUGCUGCAUUAUACCACGCUGGCCGUUUUCUAUUCGUUGGUUGCCUGGGCACUGUAUGGCCUCAUCAAGCUCAUCUUCUUAUAGGAUCGCUACACUUUUUCUUAUGUAUUAAUACUAUAGGGCAUGUCUUCCAGUUAUCUUACUCUCCCUACUCCCCCAAAGUGUCUCAUUCUUUGUUCUCUAACACUUUCGUUUCCUGCAAUAGUUGUAGUCGUAGUUGUAUGUUUGUACCAUAUCCUUAUGCCCUUAGUCAUAUCUUUGAAACGCUUUAUCCGACCCUUGUAUAGCUUAGUUUGUACUUAAUGUAUCUUAAUGUAAAUUCGCUGGAGUUGAUUGUGUACUCGAACGGCAGAACGAUCACAAUAAAAACUUCAUCACAUUUUGUUUGGGAUAUGUCAAAA